AUGCUUGGAAAAAUCGCCCUUGAAGAAGCCUUUGCGCUUCCGAGAUUCCAUGAGAAAACAAAAUGGUGGGCGGGCAUGUUCGCGACAGACACAGAGAAGCACACAGCGGAGAUCAAUGAUGUCGGUCCAAUCCGUCUCGACUUCGCCGAGCGCUACGGCGUCGGUCUCCAGAUUCUCAGUUACACCGCACCUGGAGUGCAAGAUAUCUGGGAUGCAAAGGAUGCGCAAGCUCUCGCUGUGGAGAUCAACGAUUACAUUGCGGAGAAGGUGAAAGCGCACCCGGAUCGGUUUGCUGCUUUUGCCACACUCUCCAUGCAUGAUCCACAAGAAGCUGCCGCCGAGCUCCGGCGCUGUGUGACACAAUACGGGUUCCUCGGGGCACUCGUCAACGACACACAGCGAGCCGGUGCCGAUGGCGACGACAUGAUCUUCUACGAUAACGAGAAAUGGGACGUAUUCUGGGCGACAUGCACAGAGCUCGAUGUGCCAUUGUAUCUACACCCGCGUAAUCCAACCGGCACGAUCUAUGAAAAACUAUGGGCAGACCGGAAAUGGUUGAUCGGGCCACCGCUCUCCUUUGCCCACGGCGUCAGUCUCCAUGUGCUGGGUAUGGUGACGAACGGGGUAUUCGACCGAAACCCCAAGCUGCAGGUUAUUCUGGGUCAUUUGGGCGAGCAUAUCCCCUUCGACAUGUGGCGUAUUAACCACUGGUUCGAGGACCGGAAGAAGAUGCUUGGAUUACAGGAAACAUGCAAGCGGACGAUUCGCGACUAUUUCGCAGAGAAUCUGUGGAUUACGACGUCGGGUCAUUUCUCGACUACGACGCUUAACUUUUGUAUGGCAGAGGUUGGGUCUGAUCGAAUUUUGUUCUCGAUUGACUAUCCAUUCGAGACAUUUGGGGAUGCGUGUGACUGGUUUGAUUCGGCGGAGAUGUCGAAUACAGAUCGGUUGAAGAUUGGACGGGAGAAUGCGAAGAAGUUGUUCAAGCUUGGGGCUUAUAAGGAUAGUACAGCUUGA